AUGAGCAGUAUGGUGACGGAUGAAGAGAAAAAGAAGAAGGAAGGGCUCCAAAUAGCGGCAACAUUCAUAUCUGGGAUUGCAUUCUUUCAAAUCUUCCAUGUGGCCUUUUCGUCCAGCAAGUUUACGCUCUUGAGGUUUAGGAUACCGCCUAGCCACAUGAGUGUCUACGUCAACCGCAUGGUCAUAUCAUACAGAAUUUCCACCUUCUGUGGAGUUUUGCUUAGCACAAUCUGUGAUCUGGCAUCUAGUAAGCGUUCUGAUCUCAUUCACCGCUGCCUAUUCUCAAUGUUUUUUGGCUGCCAUAUCCUCCUGCUCUGCACUUACCACACUGGCGGAGAACAGGGACAUCUCACUCUCUUCUACUGGAUCAUUGCCAUCUCCGCAUUCUUUGUUGGUUCAUCCUACAUUAUGGCUGUAAGAAUUGUUGCAGGUAAUAUCCGGUAUCUUCUCGUGGGUCUUCCAAUGUCCAGGAUUUUAAUGUUCUUUUACCAGCUCUCAUUCCUCUUUAUCUGGGAAGUCUUCGGACUCUCAAAUGCUCACUUUUGGCUGGUACAAUGGCAAAUUAUAUUUGCGACAUUCCUGUGCGUUUUAACAGCAUGCCUAUGGAUCCCCGCCUAUGAGAUUGGAGGCGAUUGUGCUAGUCAACCUGGUGGUGUAUCUAAUGGUGGAGAAUCUCCUGAGACUGGUCCUAAAGACGCUGGAUGGAAAGAUUUUGGAGAGACACUUAUAAAGGCCACAUCCCCCUUUCUAAUGUCCAUUUUAGGGUAUGGUACGCAAAAUGUCUUUUAUCCGGGUAUAUCGCCUUAUAAACUCGUUGGCAUUGACAAGGGUUCCAAGAUUGUCAUGGCUAACAUGUUCAUUAGCUCUAUAGCAUCGUUUACUAUCCUUGGCCUAGCAUCAAGCAAUAAAGGUCCAAAUAGACCAUGGAAUGGUGGGAAUCAGGCCUGGUUGUGGCAUGGAGCCUGGGGAUUUUUCGGAAUACAAAUGUUUUGUGGAAUCCUAUUUCUGCAUGCAAUGCAUUACCCAAUGAGUAGCAUAUCGAGAAUGAUAAGGGAUAGCGCCUGGACUCUUGGAUUCCUCACAGUACUUUACAAUUCUUGCGUUGAACUUACAUACGGAAUAGGAACUAAUGGAUCCGCCAAACAGGGUGGCAAUGCCAUAUCAAAGGUGAAUACCAUGAGGCUCUUUAUCCUUGUGGCUAUGCAAAUAUCGUCUGCCUCGUUAGGCGAUGGUUAUGUUAAAAUAUACUCUCAAUAUUCCAAGGACCCAAGCAACUGGCCUACUAAACACUUUACCACAAAAAAGGCAUUCUGGUUCUGGACCUGGAAUGCAACAAAAGUAGCUUUUGGAAGGCUAAAAUGUGCAUUCAGUACAGAUUUAAGAUCCGAAGUUAUCGGUAAAAAGGGGCAUCUCUUUAUUGUCUAUGAAGAUGAAAUGGAUAAUAGUAGCAAACCUACCAAGGCAAAAGAUCCUAAAGUAAUGAAGAUAGUUCACGAUAUAUAG